UGCAUUUUUGCAGUCUGGUUUUGUGGUUCAUGGGAUUAUUUCCAAGGGUAGAAUUGAUAAACACUGGAUGCCAGAAGAACCAGAAAAACAUUUUUAUUUACCUCAGAUGACCAAAUCUAGAAUUGCUGAAAAUACCUUUCAUGCCACAUGCCCAGCAUAGCUGCUAAGAUAGCUGGGACUCCUCUGCUCUGCCAUGACAGCACCACCAGCACCAGGUGUGCUCCACCCUGGUGCAUUUCGCCCUGGGGCUGUGGCGCUGCCGUCAUCGCUGGUAGAGGUCUCCAUCUGCUGCAGUGGUCUCCGAGACCUGGACAUCAUGUCAAAAUCGGAUCCGUGCUGCAUUCUCUACCUGGCUGAGGGCAUGGCCACACAAUUUUUUGAGGUGGGGCGAACCGAGGUCAUCAAGAACAACCUGAACCCAGAGUUUGCCACCAAGUUCCAGAUCAGCUACAAGUUUGAAGAGAAACAGCGGCUCAAGUUUGAUAUCUACGACUGGGACGUGAAGGUGGCGUCGGUGCAGGAGCAGGACUUUCUGGGCCGGGUGGAGUGCACCGUCGGAGAGCUGGUCUCGGCUCCCAACAGGAAGUUCCAGAGGAAACUGUCGGAAAGCUCUGGCGUGCUGUCCGUCACGGCCGAGGAGCUGGCUGCCUGUCGCGAGGUGCUCACUCUCUCUCUCUCAGCGCGCAAGGUCGACAAGAAAGACUUCUUCAGCAAGAGCGACCCCUUCCUGGCCAUCAGCCGCGUCAACGAGGACAACUCGUAUACGGUGGUGCACCGCACCGAAGUGGUGAAGCGGAGCCUCAACCCUGACUGGCGCUCGUUCACCGUGCCCCUGGUGAAGCUCUGCAACGGCGACAAGCAGCGCUCACUGCGGCUGGAGUGCCUCGACUGGGACAACGACGGCAGCCACGACUCGAUCGGCGCCUGCCACGCGAACGUGGCGCGCCUGGUGCAACCCGCCUCUGCCGCCGCGCCCAACACCUACGCGCUGAUCAACGAGCGCAAGAAGGCCAAGAAGCGACGCUACAAGGACUCGGGCACGCUCGUGGUCAACUCGGCCCGCCUGACGGUGCAGGCGACGUUCCUGGACUACAUCCAGGGCGGACUGCAGCUGCACUUCACCGUCGCCGUCGACUUCACCGCUUCCAACGGCAACCCGGCCGACCCGCGGUCGCUGCACUACCGGGACCCGCGCGGCGCCGACAACCAGUACGUCACGGCCAUCCGCGCCGUCGGAGACAUCAUCCAGGACUAUGACAGCGACAAAAUGUUUCCCUGUCUGGGUUUCGGGGCGCGCGUGCCGCCGACCGGCCAGGUGUCGCACGAGUUCUUCCUCAACGGCCACCCGACGGAUCCGUACUGCCGGGGCGUGGACGGCGUGCUACAGGCCUACUACAAUGCCCUGAACACAGUUCAGCUGUACGGACCCACGUGUUUUGCGCCGGCCAUCCGGCACGUGGCACGGUUCGCCAGCACCUGCGAGCCGGGAAAACACUACUUCGUGCUGCUGAUAAUCACGGACGGCAUCAUCACAGACCAGCCAGACACGGUGGCGGCGCUAGUGGACGCCUCGGCCCUGCCCAUGUCCGUCAUCAUCGUGGGCGUCGGCAGCGAGGACUUCUCGGCCAUGGAGUACCUGGACGCCGACAACCAGCGGCUGCGCGACAGCCGCGGCCGCGCCGCCGCACGUGACAUCGUCCAGUUCGUCGAGCUGCAGCGGGCGACCGGACAGCACGCGCCGGGCCCGGCGGCGCAGGCGGCGCUCGCCGACCUCGUGCUGACCGAGCUGCCGGGCCAGGUGGUCAGCUACAUGGCUCAGCACGGCAAGACAGCGCCCCCGGCGGCGACCUGAUGAGACACGUCCACCUGCCGCUGGGGAGACGGCGGCGCGCGCCCGCCCGUCCGCUACUGACGAAGGAUCUGGUGAGGUGUAGAGGGUUUUAGGAGGCCAAAGUGACAUGCGAGGGGAUCUGGGUCCCCUUUGAUGUGCACUAUUUUUUCUGACGGUACUGUACUGCGCGUGAGCUGUCACACACUGCCAUCUAUUGGUUUUAUUAAGGACGAUAUUUUGCUUAUCUUUUGAUUGGUUAUACUUUGUAUCAGUUAUGUUGCCGUGAUGCAGGUGUGGAAUUAGGAAAAAACAUAGAUGCGUGUGCUGGAGCAAUUUAGGUGCAUCCUGGAAGUCCGUGCCGUCGGCACGAAUGGAAACAACAUCGAUUUAAGUGUCUGAUCAUUGGAGAUGUGUCCCGGAAGCCGGCGGCCUUGGCUUGCAGUGCGGAACAACGGGCCGUAAUAUGUGUCAGGCUGAUUCGGCCCUGCAGGGGCGUGUGACUGUCACCGACAGUGUCACUGUGACUGCGUGACUGCGUGAUUGUCAGCCAGGCUGAUGGCGAAGCGUUGCGUCCGUGUUCAAUGUUCACGCUCUGUGUGGGUCAUGAGGGAGGGGCAACCGCUGCGGCAUGCGCUGUUGGGGCGUCUUGUUAGCGCGCGGCUGGUUUCGGCGGGACGCCAGUGAGAGGCGCCGCACCGGACUGCCGACGGUCUGCGGCAGGAGGAGGGGGGGGGGGGGG